GAGGCGCAUGCGCGCUGCCACCGCUCGCCCUACUCUAAAAGCGACUACCUGUGCGUGGCCGUACCGCUCGGUCCGCCAAAGUUGUCGCGACGCGGGCUUCCUUACGUGUGCGUGCGAGUGCGAGUGCGAAUGCGUGGACAGUCCUCGUCGCUCUCAGUCCACGCGGGGAAUAAAUAACGGACUUUUGCUCAGGUGGACUCCUCACCUGCGUGCAACUGCACGGAGAAGCUCAGGUGUGCGGAGGCGGAGGGAAAAGAAAAGAAGACGAAGGAGGAAAAGAAUCAACAUGCCCCGAGCCUUCCUGGUGAAGAAGGCCAACGUUUCGCCGGGUAAGCGGAACUGGAGCGAGCUACGGGACGACGAGCGAGGAGACGUCUACAUCCCAGUCAACAUCUUCCCGCCGUCCGUGUUGAUGAUCGAGGACAAAGCGAGUCCAGCGGAAGUGGCGCCGCUGUGCCUGGCCAAGCCAUCACUACCCGAGCGCCACACACAUGCUGAGCUGCCGUCCUGCACGGCGCUGGGCCGGCCGUCGAGUCCGGCGGGCCCCCCGGACGAGAGUUCAGAAGUUAGGAUGAAGUCGCAGGGUGGCCUGGUCUUUGUCCGCUCCAAAAUAAAGGUGACCACAGGCGAAUUGUUAUCCGACCCUGACCUCCAACUUACAACCUUGACCCCACUGACGCUGCCACCUUCCACCGAGACGGCUGUCCCCAUGACGACAGCCGACGCCCCCGCCAGGUUUGCGUCCUCUGCGAUCCAAUCGACGGGUCAGAAAUCCGUGGCGACUCCGCUUUACGCUUGUCAGAUUUGUCGCAAGACGUUCCAGUACCAGCGCAUGUUAAACAGACACAUGAAGUGUCACAACGAGACCAAGCGCCACCUAUGCACCUUCUGUGGCAAAGGAUUCAACGACACCUUCGACCUCAAGAGACAUGUGCGCACGCAUACGGGAGUACGGCCGUACAAGUGUGAGCUGUGCGACAAGGCCUUCACGCAGCGCUGCUCGCUGGAGUCCCACAUGAAGAAGAUCCACAGCGUGACCCUGCAGUACGCCUACAAGGAGCGCCGCAACAAGCUCUACGUGUGCGAGGAGUGCGGCCACACGGCAGCCACCCAGGACGAGCUGCUGCUGCACCUGCACUCCACGCAUCCCGACAGUGCCCUCUUGAAGGGCAAGGGGGCGCGGCGAGGGAUGGGGGGAGGGGAGGGCGAGUCCACGCCAGGGUCCCCGCAAGGAGCCGAUAGUGACGACACCACCGGAUCGGCGGGCCAGUGAAGCGAGGACAGAGGCGCCAAAAGGACUCGAUGCUGUGUGUUUGUGUGUGUGUGUGUGUGUGUGUGUAUGAAAAGCACAACAAGCAAUUUGAUUUCUGCGUGGAUUUCAACGGGGAUCGCCUAUAAACCUACUUUUACACCUUUUUACUGCUUGUGAAUAUGACCCGCGGGAUUUACUGUAAAGCAACUUAAUAAUCCAACUUUUCUAUGAAAGACAACUUUUCAUUAAAAGGGACAUGGAGAUGAAAUGACAA